CGAACGUUGAUCAGUAGCGACAAAACCAGACAUAAUUUAGAAAAACUUCGAGCGUCUCAUAAAAUUGACAUAUAUACAAAUUUUUAAUUAUUUUCAAAAAAAAAAAAUGUUUUUGCCUUACAACAGAAUGGUGGUGGGGCAACCGCUCCAUUAUUACUACCCCUAUGGAGAAUCUCCACCGUUGACAGACAAUUCAAAAUUCCAAUUUUUUCAACAAUUUGAAAGCGUUGCAGCUUCAAUGGACUCCAAUGAGGACUAUCCAAUGAUAACUUCACCAACCAAUAGCACACAGAGUGACAGUGAUAAUUCAGUAUCAAGCAUAGAAGUGCCAUCUCACUCCAUCGAAAUCCCAAAAAAAGAUGACAAAAAGCAAUGCUUAUGGAGAAACUGCGGUGCCAUUUUUCUAUCACUCACCGAACUAGCUAGUCACGUAUCUCAGUGCCAUUCAGCUGGAGGUGCGGAUGGACUUUUCCAUUGCGGUUGGGAAGGUUGUGCCAGAAAUAAUAAAGGAUUCAAUGCCAGAUACAAAAUGCUUGUCCACGUAAGGACUCACACCAAUGAAAAACCGCACCAAUGCUGCCAAUGCGACAAAUCCUUUUCCAGAGCGGAAAAUCUAAAAAUCCACUCAAGAUCACACAGCGGCGAAAAACCAUACAUUUGUCCGGUAGCUGGAUGUGGCAAAGCAUAUUCGAAUUCCAGUGACAGAUUCAAGCACACCAGGACUCACUCAGUGGAGAAGCCUUAUCAGUGCAAGGUGCCUGGAUGCCCGAAACGUUACACCGACCCGAGUAGCCUCAGAAAGCACGUUAAAACUUACAAGCAUUAUGCUCCUGAAGUUUCUGAUCCAGCAAUAGAGCCCAAUGUUAAUUCCGCAGAAGGAGCUUCAAGAUUGAGUGAUUUUGCCUCUAUAGUUAUUCAGGAAAAAUCAUUACCAUCAGAAGAUACUAUUGAAAAUCACGUGUCUGUUAUAACAGUUAACAAUGCUAAAUUCAACGAUGGUUACCAUAUGCAUUCGCCAACAUCCACUGAAGAUAUUUUCAGGUUUAGGGCUUUGAUUGAUAUCAAAAAUGACAAUUACGGGUUCAUGGAAAGAUGUGAAAGUAAGAAAUUAUUUAGGCCCUAUGAGUUGGAUGACGAAUUAUCCAUGGAUUUAGAUGCUCCCUUAGAUUUAAGCCUAAGAAGAGAUAUGUAAAUGAUGUUGUGCAGCUUUGUGAUAUUUUUAACUUUUAUAGCUGCAUAUUUCAGUAUUAAGUUGUGUGAGCGUUCUGAGUUUUUUGUUUGUUCUUGUACGGCGUUUUUUUUAGAUUUAAGACAUUGUGAUAUUUAGGAGAUAUUUUUAUUAAUUGAGAUUAGAUAGAUUUUUAUAAACGAAUCAACUAUAUUUGCAUUAAAUAGAAAAAAGAAGAUAAAACGUAAAAUUUGUUUUGUUACGCGUAGGUACAC